CAUUACCAAUGACAGGUUCAUUAGUGCCACUCAGAGUACUAGCAAACCAAGUAGGUCCAAGAAUUUCAGUGGUAAGUUUCUUCAGGCCCCAAAUUUCACCAGGGAAUAACUCCAUGAGCAAGCCAAAUAAAGGAAUUGUUAUCUGAAGAAAGUCCCCCAAUGGACGACAAAGAAACCGAUGCAAUAGACUACUUUAAUGUUUAUUUCUCAAAAGGGCUCUAUGGCACCUAUCAGUUGCUACAUUUCAGAUUGUGAAGUUGGCCACGAGGAUAUAACCCUCGGGCAUUGAGGGAAGUGAAAGUAGUGAGGACUGAUGAUGCAGGUGCCAAGUUGAUUUCUUAUAGGAUGCAAACAAUCUGGCAGGUAACUACUUGAUCUGGAUUAUUGCUAUUAGUAAGGAGAUGAAACAAGUGAAAGAAAGCUUUACCAACUUUAGAGUUUUUGGAGGAAAUGGUUAAAUUUUUAAGAAUAUACAGUUAGAAGGCAUGGAUACUCUUUUCCCUUCAUACAAGGGGCCAAACACAAGAAUUGUGUUGAGGCCUUCCAAAGUCCACACCGUGUGAACAACAUUCCCAAUACUUAAAGCCAAAGAAGCAGUUCAACUUUUCCAUUCCAAUUGUCCUUUGCACCUCCUCUUUAUCUUAAUCUUUUCAGGUCAUUGAAGACUUGGCUCAAAGGCUAUGAAUUAGGCCUUCUGCUUUGUGUUCUUGCAUUGCCUAUAUGAGAAGUUUGAUCCUGAAAAUGAAGGAAUUCCUUGAACAGCAACCACGAUCUUCCGAAGUCACAAAUAUUGCAUCUUUUAAUGGCGCUUCUGCAGAUGAUCAGGAUUCGCGUUCAAAUACUACGUUGUCUAGGACUAACAGAGAAAAUUUUUUGGACAACCCUGGUUUCUGUUGCUUUCAACAUGGAACAGACCUAAAUCCUGCUCGGAUGGUUAUUGCAGAGCUGGUUGGGACUUUCAUUUUAAUGAUUUGCAUUUGCGGAAUCAUUGCAAGUACACAGCUAAUCAGGGGUGAAGUGGGUCUUCUUGAAUAUGCAGCCACUGCAGGACUAACAGUCGUUGUCGUAGUCUUCUGUAUAGGACCGAUUUCUGGUGCACAUAUCAACCCUGCAGUCACUCUAGCUCUUGCAAUCUUUUGUAAUUUCCCAUGGUCAAUGGUUAUACCAAACGUUGUGGCACAAAUCAUCGGUUCUGUGUUGGCCACAUUCAUCGGAAAAUCUGUGUAUGGCAUAAGAACAGAAUUGAUGGCUACUCGACCACUCCACGGCUGUGGCAGCGCAUUCUGGGUGGAGUUCAUCGCGGCAUUCAUCGUUAUGUUCCUAGCUGCAUCAAUCACAUUUGCAAUUAAAUCAGUAGGUCAUCUAUCUGGUAUUGUCGUUGGUGUGGCAAUAGGACUUGCAAUACUUAUUACCGGGCCUGUCUCAGGAGGAUCAAUGAAUCCUGCAAGGUCAUUAGGACCUGCAAUAGUUUCCUGGAACUUCAAUGAAUUAUGGAUAUACAUCGUUGGCCCGACUCUGGGAGCCGUGGCAGGCGCUCUUCUGUAUCGACUGUUGCGUCUCCAACCCCAACCUUGUAGUACCAGACAGUCUCCUAACACUGGUUUACUCCCUCACUCAACCACAUGUAGGAGGUAAUGCAGUGAGGUGAAUAGCUUCAUGUGGCUAAUAUAAAGAAAGAAUCUUUGUGUUUUGUUAUCCACUGGAACCAAGUAUCUGGAAUCAAAGUGCAUUGAUGAGCA